GGGGCGGAGCCCGGGACCGCGGAGCGCGGCCGGGAAGGGGGCGCGUCCUCCUCGGUCCCCCGCCCGGCUCGUCCGCACCCCCGUUUCCACGAAGCGAUCCAGAAAAACGAGAGUUUUUGCUCGUCAGCCUCCGGUUGGUGUAGCGCGUUUUAAGUGCCCGGGAGACCAGCAGGCAGCUCCGCCGGCCGCGGGGCCGGCGCCGUCCGCACGCCCGGCUUUCCCGCAUUUCUGCUCCGGGAGCCGAGAGGCACUUGCAAAGCCUUUGCCGUUUCCACGAAACUGCAGCGUCCCGCCCCGGGCCUCCUCAGGGCGCGCUUUAGGCCUGGCUGGCUUCGGGGUCCACACGCAGGGGCUGUGGCGUGCACCGAGCUCCCCGGAAGCACGUCACCUCUGGGCCCCGCUGCUCGGGAAGCCACCGGCCACCGGCCACCGGCCACCUGACAUCGGGAAAGCACCGUGCUGCCCUGGCCCCUGAGAGAAGACCUGGGGUUGACAGGUGUCAGUCAGUCAGACAAGGGGAGCGAUGACAGACAGCUGUCAGAGGCACCCCGUCCCAACGACUGAGAACAGGAAGGAGCUUUAGUUUUUUUGUUGAAACUUUAAAAAUAAAGACAUUUGAACGAUGGUCAUUUGGCCACUUUUUAAACAAGGUGCUGUUUCCCAGCGUUUGCAGAUGCCAGCUCAGAUAAGAGCCGAGACAGCUCCUGCUCAUGAGUAUUUUGAGAAGAGGAUAAAAAUGUAUUUGAGCAAAAUCCCCAUUUUUCAAAGCCUCGGCCCUGGCUGCCUGCCUGCCUGUCCCUCUUGGCUCUGAAGCAAACCCAGAAAGAGAUUGCUUUGUUCCAGCAGAGCAGUAGGUACGGGGCCGUCACGUUGGCGGGUUUGGGAGGUGGUACAGUAAAGCACAUGAUGUGCCAGCAGGUGGAGAACUGGCCUUGGCACACCUGUGACAUGGGCACCAUUAUGAUGUGUCACAGAAGGGUGAUGCAACAGAGGAGCCAAGGCACUUCAGGAUUUGCUCACUCAGGUUCCCCGUCCAAGGGGAAACACCCAUAAAGUAAGAAGACAGAGAACCCACCCCAACCAGACCCACUAUGUGCGGUGUCGUGUCUCCCACAAGAUAAGAGAAAACCAGCAGUGGUAUCCUCCCCGCGACCUGUCACUGGGAGAAUGAGUGGGAGGCCGAAGCCACCUCGGGGUGCCCCAAUUUUCAGGGGUCCCCCGGAAGAAGCAGCAUGCUGCAGCGCCAGUGUCCAGGCUUUGCUGUCGGGGUGCGAGGACCCGGACCCCAGUGGGCUGGCUCGAUCCUGGAAGAUCAUCCUAAGUAUGGUGUUUAUAUUGACUUUUCUUCUCAUAGGAUUUAGAAAUCAUAUGUGGUUUACAGAACCAGAGUUUCCUCAGAAAUCCAGACGAGUUUACUCUGCGAUUACAGAAUAUGGCUCAAGGCUUUCUCAUUACCAGGCUAGACUUUGGAUGCCGAAAGAGCAACUGGAACUUUUAAAGAAAGAAAGCCAGGCUUUGGAAAACAACUUUCGUGAAAUUCUAUUUUUAAUUGAACAAAUCAAUGCUCUGAAGGCGUUACUGAGAGAGACACAGGACGGUCUGCACAGUCGCGGCCGGAGCGCGGAUGGGGACCCCGGCGGGGCCCGGGACAGCGCCGAGGAAACGUCAAACUUGGUAAAUUAUGUCCUUAAAAAGCUGAGAGAAGACCGGGUCCAGAUGGCUGAUUACGCCCUUAAGUCAGCAGGAGCUUCCAUCAUUGAAACUGGGACAUCGGAAAGUUAUAAAAAUGAUAAAGCCAAACUGCACUGGCAUGGGAUUGGGUUCUUAAAUUAUGAAAUGCCUCCAGAUAUUAUCCUUCAGCCGGAUGUUCACCCUGGGAAGUGCUGGGCCUUUCCAGGUUCCCAGGGUCACGCCCUCAUCAAGCUUGCCAGGAAGAUCAUACCAAGUGCAGUUACCAUGGAGCACAUCUCAGAGAAGGUGUCUCCCUCCGGAAACACCUCCAGUGCACCCAAGGACUUUUCUGUCUAUGGCAUCUUGAAACAGUGUGGAGGAGAAGAGGUUUUCCUAGGUCAGUUUUUAUAUAACAAAACAGGAACCACAGUUCAAACCUUUGAGCUCCAGCAUGAAGUUUCUGAUUCCUUAUUAUGUGUGAAACUUAAAAUCCUCAGCAACUGGGGACACCCGAAGUACACUUGUUUAUACAGAUUCAGGGUGCAUGGCACCCCAGGAGACCACACCUAGCAGAGCUGGUGCAGAAGUGGCGGCCGCGGGGGUAGGACAGCCAGGUGUCCCUGUGCCUUACACUACACUCAGAGGCUCGGAGAGCGGCAGUGGGAGGGAAACCUCAACGGGGAUGAGUUUUACUAGUAAAAAUAUGAAAGUGAUUCAGUCUCCUUCUGGUAGCUUUGCUUUGGGGGAUGAAUGUCGCUGGAGCCCUGACAAGUAAAUCUGUGUCUCGAAGGCUGUGCUGCUCAACCGUCUUUCUCGUAGGAGCACCUCAGCCUGCCUUAGUUUGUUCGUCCACACCAGGCAUGGACGUGCCGGGGCCACUAUUAUUUAACUCGUAUCUGGACGCACUGGUCAAUGCGAUUAGAAAAGCGAAAGAAAUCAGAGGUUAAAACGAGUGAGGAUGUCUGACCAUGACUAUUUGCAGAUGAUUUGAAGAAUUCCUUCAAAUCCAAUAAAGUCAAUUUAAAAAUACAUCACACACAGGAAAAACUGCAGUAAAUUAGAAGAUAGAAAAUUAUCACAUGUAAAUCAGCAUCAUUCAUAAAUACAAACAAUAACGAGUUAGAGGCUAUAAUUUACAAAAGCCACACCAAAGAUGAAAAAGAAUCAGAUAAAAGAAGAAAUUA